CCAAAAGAGUUUGCGCCAUUUUCUGCAGAACACAUAAACCCCGAAAGCCGAAAGAGAUUAGAAGAAAUUUGAAAUGUCGUGGCUGAGAUUGGCAGUGAGCAAAGCAGUGGAGGUUGGGAACAACAACAAUCUUACUCGGGUCGUCAAGAAUUAUGCCGACACCGUCGUUCACCACGCUGGCCAGGCCGUUGCUGAGGGUGCCAAGAUUCUUCAAGAUCGCAUUGGGGCACGUAACUUGAGAAGUAUUAGGCAGACUAUACAAAGAUUGGAAGAAGCUUCCGUGUCCUGUGGGCGCCCUGAAAGAGCUCAGUUGUUGAGAAGUUGGUUGGUUGUGCUUAAAGAGGUAAAAAAAUUAUCUGAUGUUCCAUCCGAGGAGACAGCAAAGACCCUGGAGCAGCAUCUUGCUUUUGAAGAUGCAAAGGAAAGCCCAAGAAAGCCUGAUAUUGUUUUGUAUUAUGAACCCGAUGUUGGAGGGGAACCAAUGAACUUCUAUGAUGUGUUUCUUCAUAGUCAAGCUCUGGAGGGAAUUACAUUAUCUAUGAUUCUUGAAGCGCCAGAUGAGGAAGAAGUGUCUCUUCUCCUGGACAUGUUUGGAUUAUGCCUUAUAGGUGGGAAAGAAGUUCAUAAUGCAAUAGUUAGCAGCAUACAAGAUCUGGCAAAAUCUUUUUCCAGCUACGAGGAUGAAGUGUUGGUGAAGCGGGAAGAAUUGCUCCAAUUUGCACAAAGUGCAAUUUCAGGGUUGAAGAUUAAUGCUGAUCUUGGGAGAGUAGAUACUGAAUUGUCCAAUUUGAAGACAAAACUUGAAGGAAUGUCAGCUUCCUCGAUGUCUUCAAAUGCAGAUUACGGCAAUACAUCAGAAGAAACCACUCUAGAAACAAUUGAGGCAUUGAAAGCAGCACUUUCACACAUACGAAUUUGUUCUAGAGUAGAUGAACUUCUGAUGAAGAAGAAAUUCUUAAACAAUGGAGAUUCUCCCGAAAUCCAUGCUCAGAAGAUUGAUAAAUUGAAAGUCUUGUCAGAGUCUCUUUCAAACUCCUGUGUGAAAGCUGAAAAGCACAUUACAGAUCAUAGGAACUAACUACAGAAAUUGCAGAACUUGAAAGACAGAGAGAUGAUAUUGAAGCUCAAUUAAAAAAGGUUAACAUAUCCUUGGCUGCUGCACAUGCACGCCUUCGGAAUAUGGUGGAAGAGAGAGAUCAGUUUGAGGAGGCCAAUAACAAGAUUGUCGCACAUUUAAAGACAAGGGAAGAUGAGCUGUUAAAAUCCAUUUCCUCGUGUAAGGCAGAAUCAAAUGUUUUGAAUAUGUGGAUUAAUUUUCUGGAAGAUACGUGGAAUAUCCAAUGCCUACAUAGAGAAAAUAAGGAGAAGGAGGUCAACGAUGCGUUGGAAAAACAUGAAGGUUACUUUGUCAACUUGGCUAUUGAUCUUCUAUCUGCUUAUAAGAAAGAGUUGGAGCCGUCAAUCAGCCGUAUUGAAAAAUUUGUGGAGAAUUUAAAGAAUUUGAGGCUGAGGUCGGAAGAAUCCAUACUGGAAAAUGACGAGUCAAAAGUUCUAAGCCCUACAAAUAAUCUUGAAAGGGAAUAUCUGGGUUAUGAAGCUAAGAUCAUUACUACCUUCAGUGUUGUGGAUCACAUGAAAGAGCAGUUUUUGGCUCAACAAGCUCAAGUUUCCAGGAAAGAUGAUUCUAGAGUUCAAGAAUUGUUUGAUGAUAUUGAAAAACUGCGGCAGAGUUUUGACUCUAUCGAGAGACCCAAUCUAGAAAUCGAAACUCCGCCUCCAAGAGCAGAAAAUGAAUCUAGAGAGGAGGCGCAGAGUAGUGUUCCACAACCUUCGGCAGAAGACAGCGAGAACUCAAAAGUCGAAACUGGAAAGCAGCUGGAAGUACUACCUGCAGUGAAUGCAGAACAGACAGUAGAUGCUGCCGCUGAGCUCGCGAAGCUGGAAUCAGAAUUCGGGAAAGUGAGUCUUGACUACUCAACAGAAGACAUUGGUGAAUGGGAAUUCGACGAACUGGAAAGGGAACUGAGGUCAGGUGACUCAAAGAACUAGCUCUAUCAUACACAUAUUAUAUGUUCCUCCUGAAUGAAUCAACCUAAUUUAUUAUGAAGAAAGAUCCCCAAAACUCCAAGCUUGGAUCAUAAUCUUUCCACUGUAAUUGUUCUCUGUAUAUCUUGUGGUUUUUUAAUUUGUUCACUUGUAUAAAUUCUGAAACAUAUAUGUUGUAAUAUAAAGCCAAUGAAGGGAAACAGUCAAAUCAAGAUGACCCUUUUGAUAUCCCUAAGGUAGGGGUAGCCCAUUUGAU